AUGGCUAAUUUGACGGGCAGCCCUUUCGUCUACUCUCAGGACAAAAACAGAUUCACUGCGGUUAGUUGCGGCUUCCUUGCCACGAUGGAAUCAGCUGAGUUUGUGGUUGGUGGCUGCAGGUCAGUUUGUGAUAAUCAAAACUAUGCUUCCUGUGAUAUUGGUAUCAACUGUUGCCAGACUACCAUUCCUCCAUAUCUCACUAUGAUGAGAGCUUCCAUUCUAUACAAAGGCGAAACUCGAAACACGGAUUGCGACGACUAUGCGUUUCUGGUUGACAAGGAUUGGUUUGAGAAAUCUUCUCCUCAUGCAGUCAAGAGUAGAAGCCACGUUCCUGUGGUGCUAGAAUGGAAUAUAAUCAACUCUACUUUUUCAUUCGCAUUAUUUGGAAGACACGUUACAGAGAAUUUUAAUUAA